UGUUUAUUCAGGCCACACAAGAUGAACGAAACCCCAUGGUGUACGCUCUCUUCACUACAGCGGGCUCUGUGUUCAGGGGCUCAGCAGUCUGCAUGUACUCGAUGGCCGAUAUCCGCAACGUCUUCAACGGACCGUUUGCCCACAAACACGGCCAUAACUACCAAUGGACCGAGUACACUGGCAAGAUUCCCUACCCACGGCCUGGAACAUGUCCAGGAGGAACGUUCACUCCUGGAAUCCGUUCCUCCAAGAACUUCUCAGAUGAGGCUGUGAAUUUCAUCCGCGCCCACCCCCUCAUGAUCCACCCGGUUUAUCCGAUCCACCGUCGCCCCCUGGUGGUGAGAACCGGCGUGGACUACAGAUUCACGGCCCUGGUGGUGGACCAGGUGGACGCUGUGGACGGACGCUACGAGGUGCUCUUCCUGGGGACAGAUCGAGGGACUGUCCAAAAAGUUAUAGUUUUGCCGAAGGACCCGACGAGCAUGGAGGAGCUAACUCUGGAGGAAGUGGAGGUUUUCCGGUCCAGAGCUCCAGUGAAAACCAUGAAGAUAUCGUCUAAAAGACAACAGCUGUACGUGUCAUCAGACGCCGGGCUCACGCAGGUGUCGCUGCACCGCUGCGGUGUGUACGGCCGGGCCUGCUCCGACUGCUGCCUGGCUCGAGACCCUUACUGCGCCUGGGAUGGAGAGAGCUGCUCCGCCUUCACCCCGUCCACCAAGAGGAGGAGCAGAAGACAGGACGUUAAACACGGAGACCCUCUGAGGCAGUGCAGAGGCUUUAACGCCAAAGUGGAGAAGCGUCUGAGGGAGACGGUGCAGUUCGGGGUGGAGGGCAGCAGCACCUUCUUGGAGUGUCAGCCUCGCUCUCCCCAGGCCACCGUCAAGUGGCUCUUCCAGAGGGAAGGAAAGAGGAAAGUGACUCCUGCUGUUUCAUUCCCUUUUCUGCAGCUCAACCGUGUGGGAGGUGUCCUGAAGACCAACCACGGGAUCCUCCUGAAGUCUCUUAACCAGUCCGACGCGGGGCUGUACCACUGCCUCGCCACGGAGAACAACUUCAAACACACGGUGGCCCGCGUGGCGCUGCGUAUCCUGGACCGAGACAUCGUGUUAGCUCUCACCGCUCAAGAUGAGGACGAAGAGCCAAAAACUCGGCAAGCCGGGCCUUACACGCAGCCGUCCCUCGUCUCCACGCCCUUCCCGCCUGAGAUUAGACUGAUUAACCAGUACUGCCAGUCCUACUGGGAGCAGCUCAGCCCCAGACAGCAGCAGCGCAAGCGCACGAGCCGCAGGCACACAGAGGGCCAGGACCAAGGCCUCGGCUAGAGGACACACUGACGGCGUCCAGCACUGGCCUGUGUGGACUUUAUGGUGGACUUUUAUUUUUUACAUGCAUGUUUGUGCGUCACCGCCAGUCAUUAGGCAGGUGACGCCUUCAUGCUGUCGGUAAAGUACUAUAUUUGUGGUUUUGCAAAAGUGUCGGCCUAAAAAAAUACAAAUUGUGUAUAUUUUACAUCACGUCCCAAAUAACGCCGCACAUACAUUUGACAUCGUUGGUGCGUUCAGGUGCUUGUGGGAAACUCCAGCAUCUUUGCGUAAAAUCCCAAUUAACGUUAAAAUAAAGUAAUGUUCACAACAUCCACGUUUGCUUGCUGUGUAUCUCUUAGGUCUGAUUUUCCAACAACAUCACUUGCGAGUGCAGCUGACUCUUAAAUGUUGGAUUGUCCUUGAAUGCACCAACAAAAAGAGUUAUCGUGCACUGUGAUGGGAAGUCUAAGCAACUGUGUUUAUAGGCUCAACAUGCAGAACCACAGGCAAGUACUGUCAAGUAUCUUGAAACAGAAAUGUAAUAUAUUGAUUGUGAAUAUAAUAUAUAUGGUCAUUGGAUUACUCUUGUAUUGUAUGAAGAUAGUAUGAUGAUAUAAAUGCACAUGUUGCAUGCAUAUCUGUUGUUGUUUGUUGCAAGUUGUACAUUUUACUUGGUGUGUAAUCAUGUUUGUAAGGUGUAAUGUAUUAUGUUAAGCUAAUUCCAUUGGACUCACAGUCCUGUGCUCUAGUGACCUGCAGUACGUGCGUGCUGACGAGAGGCAUCGCGUACAGUGUUCCAGUUAUGCACUUUGUCGGUGGUGGUAUUUGAGGGAAUUUGGGUAUCUUUGCACAGAUGUAUUAGAAAGUGAAACUUUUUAUUUCUUUUUAUGUACAGUAUGUUAUUAUAAACAAACGGGACUGGCUCAGAUUUAGUGUUGACUGUUGGUGUUUUGUCAUAUUCUGUAUUUACAGACUUUUAAAAAGGCUCGUUGUAGUGGCAGCGUCAGGAAGGAGAGCCAGCGUUCACCGUCAUUGUGAGUAGCACAGUGCUUUGUGCCGUCGUAUGAAUCCUACACUGGAAAUGUUCCAACAAAUAUAUAAACAUUUCAGAAUUCUUUCACUUUCAAGUCCUUUGCAUUGACUCAUUUAAUCAUAUUACAGUUUUAUUAUCAAUUAUUGAACCUGAAAUCAAACGUACACUGAUAAGAAAUAUCGUUUUUAUUAUGUAGACGAGCAACUCGAGUGUUUUGCGAUGAUUUUAAGCCGUAUUUAUGUAUGAAAGUGUCGCUACGUGAAAAGAUCAUUUGAAAAUUAAACUUCAAAAUGAUAUUGGAUGAGGAUAAAGAAACUUGUGUUGUGUGAGACAAAGCUUUGCUGGGAUUAUGUAAAUUCAUCUUGUUAAGGAAAUUAAUUACAAAUCUGGAUUUAUUCACGUAAAGACAUAAUAUUAAAUAUUUAAUAAUGUCAGAGUAACUUCUGCUCAGAGGUUUGUUUCUCCUUGAUGCACACAAGAUUAAACUUUCCAUGUUUUUACCUCUU